ACCAGCGAACAAAUUAUGAAGGGUGUCGUAGCAGCAUUAUUAGUAGCCGUGGUUGCUGUAGCGGCCGACGAUUCGUGUCCAUCAGACUGGACCCAGGACAAACUGCUGGUCCAUGAUGAUUGCAACAAGUUCUACAUGUGCAGAUUUGGCGAACCCGUUGAAAUGACUUGCUGGGGUGACCUUUUUUUCAACAUUCAUACCUGGGAGUGCGACUGGCCCUCGGAAGUGGAAUGCGGUGAAAGAAACAUUCCUGGACAAGAACCUACGACUACGGCUGAGCCAGAAACGGAGCGUACCACCCCUGAGCUCACCACUGCUCAACCUACCACCGAAGAACCUACAACUGCUGAACCUACCACCGAAGAACCUACCACAACUGAGCCUACCACCGCAGAACCUACUACCGCACAACCUACCACCGCCGAACCUACUACCGCUGAACCUACCACUGCAGAACCUACUACUGAAGAAACUACCACCGCAGAACCUACUACCGCUGAACCUACUACCGCAGAACCUACUACCGCAGAACCUACUACUGAAGAAACUACCACCGCAGAACCUACUACCGCUGAACCUACUACCGCAGAACCUACGACUGCUGAACCUACAACCGCCGAGUCUACCACAUCAGAACCUAUAACUGAUGAGCCCACCACCCCAGAACCUACAACUGAGGAACCUACCACCGUGGAACCCACGACGGAAGAACCCGCAACACCCGCGCCUGGGUUCCUCGAAAAUGGUUGCCCCGUGGACCCCCACGUCCACUGGCUACUACCUGUGGAGGGAGACUGCAACGGGUUCUACUACUGUGUGUGGGGAGAACUAGUCCUGAGGCAAUGCGCGCCCACCCUAUACUUCAAUAGAGAACUUCAGGUUUGUGACUGGCCCGAAAACGCUGGCUGCUCCACAUCGCUAAACAAACACAACAUCAGCCAAUACCUUCAACGUUUUUAGACCUACCUUAAAACUUUGAGAUGUACGCCAAAUAGUUAAACAUUGAACAAGUACAUAAUUACGCAACCGCCUUCCGAAAAGAAGUUUAUUUGAAAAAUAUUCUCAACAAAGAUUAUUCUACGAGUAGGUAAAAAUAAUUUAUAAAUAAUAAUUAAACAGUUGUAAGGGUGUUUAAUAAACACCCUUACAGAAAACCGUUAA